AUGAAGGUGUUUCUAUAUACCAUUCUUCUGUGUUUGGUGGUCUCCACUCUCGCCAGACCAAACAGAAAAAGACGACAGAGUGACGGUGAUGUUGCAACAACUGAAAAACCGGUUAAAUCUGAUACAACCGCUGGAACCCCUGUCAUAAGCAAUGGCAAUGGCAAUGAGGAAGACACGUCUGCAGAGCCUGAAGCUGAAAAUCCGGCUAAACCUGAUACAACCACUGAAGCCCCUGUCAUAAGCAAUGGCAAUGGCAAUGGCAAUAAGGAAGACACGUCUGCAGAACCUGAAGCUGAAAACCCGGCUAAACCUGAUACAUCCGCUGAAGCCCCUGUCACAAACAAUGGCAAAGACGAAGCCCCGUCUGCAGAACCUGAACCGGCUACAACCGGCGAAGACGAAGGCAAAGGCAAAGGCAAAGGCAAAGGCGGCAAGGGCAAAGGCGGCAAAGGCGACAAAGGCGGCAAAGGCGGCAAGGGCAAAGGCCAAGGCAAAGGCAAAGACACUGGCAAAGGCAAAGGCAAAGGCAAAUAAUGAACAGAUGGAAUAACUGGACAAAUUUGAUAGGAUGACAGAGUGGACAGCAUAAAAAAGUAAAUAAAUUCACGAGGAUGAUAAAGUGAAAAACAUAUUUUAACGUGGAAUGAGAACUGAUAUUGUCCACCUUCACUUCUGUAUUUUAGUAGCAUCGCCUUAUUUUGGUUAUAAUAAUUUGAACAUGAAAACUCUUUAAACGUAUUACCUUAAUCAUCAAAAACAUAUUA